AGUAACAGUCACCAGAAGCAACAAAAAGGGGGGAAGGGUGGGGACCCUGAGGCCGGCCUGAUUGUCGAGCAAAUCAUUACCUACUUCGUGCACAAGCUUUCAAUUCCUACUAGUUCUCGCGCGCGUGUGUUCGCGCAUCUCUCAGGCUUCCUCAUGAAAACCUUGCCACGGCCGCCUUUCCCUUUGUCGGGGGUGAUGGCAAUGGAAAGCGCGAAGGUGCUUGCUUGAUCGAGAGAAGGGACGCUAACGCAAAUACAAACCCACUCAGGCUAACCACCCACCCUCUUAUUGUUCAAGUCAAGUUCUGCAUCACGCAUCAACCCCUAUUAUAGUCUCUUCGAGACGAUUCAAUGUGAUUCAGUCGCGAGGUACUAUGGGCCGGUGACUAGUCCCAAACAAACGAAUUCGGCAGUGGGAUGCCCACAUCGAUGUCAUGGCCUCCUAUUGUUAUUGUCACAUCGGGUUUCAAAAUGGGGGGUGCAACACUGUGCGACGGCCGGUGGUAAGCACUCUUACUAGUAGAACGAUCCUUCUUCCCUCUCUAGUCAUUCACUUGUUCUCGUGCUUUGUAGAUCCGAUUGAGUAAAAGGGCAUCGAUACGGCGUGCGGAUGGAUUCUGAGAAGGCGAUGGCACGUGGUGUGAGGGCGGCCUGCGACUAUGACUACUACUACUCGUGUUCCAGCCCCGGGAGAAGAGGAAGGAGGGGUGCGGGUUCUGCGAAAGGCAAAUAGCGGAUCCCUGGAAGGCGGCCAUGAUGCCACUUCGGAGGGGCUGGCCCGCUUAUGAGUAUAUGGAAAGGUGUUCGGUCCAAGAGGAAAAGGACGAUGGGUGAUAUGGUUCGAGGCAAGAUGGGGGCUUGAACGUUAAAAAAAACUUGGGAAGGAUGCCUGUCUUUCCCUGAUUAUCGGUUGUGACGAAUCAGAGUAGGGGGGGCCAGUGCAUACAGCUAUCAAUGCCAUCAAGCAAAACGUAUCGACAUGAAUCACUGUCUAGAGCGCAUCGACCAUACCCAAAUCACCGCCCAAAUCACUGCCCUCGUUUCCCAUAUGCAUAUACGCACUUAUGAAGUCGGAAAUGGAGUUUUUAUCGAUACGGUGCCAAUACCUUUUCCUAUUAGCUUAUCGAUGGCGGCUACAAGAGAUACGUAUUCAUUAAAGGUGAGUCUCUUUACCACCUCGGCGACGCGGGGAUUUGCCCUGUUCUUAUCUUGGCGAGAGAGAGAAGGUCAAGUUCUUUGGGAGCAACUUCGUGAGGUUGGAGCUCUGACGAGAGAACAGGGAGGCGUGGAUUAUGACACCUACUCUGGCUAAUGACUAGAUUUUGCCCGUUUCCGUCACCGUCUAUUGCCUUGAGUGAGAAGGUCUUGCCAAGGUUUCGUCGAUCUAAUAGUGCGUGUGUGUGCGUGCGCGCGUGCAUGCGCGGUGAUAAAAAGGGGGGACUUUGGGAGGAGAAAGAAAAAUCGAAGUUGUCGUUGGUAGAGAUCGCGUGUUAGUCGCAUGUUGACUUCCUUCAAGUUUCUUCCUGUGAACGCCACUGCAAGGAUGGCACUACUCAGUUUGAGAGUUUUUGGGGAUCUGCUUCAUUUGCGUCGGCUUUACAGAGCCUCUCUUCUCACGAACAUCAGUCCCCAUCGCAGGUCAUUUUUUUUCGUUUGAGGGACUGGGCUUGGGGCAGUGGGCCCCUCUGAUGAAUAGUGAUAGGUGCUCGCUGAUGGUCGUGUCAGUGUUUUAAAAAGGGUGCAGAGACGAUCCCAAAUGGCGAUCCAGGCGAUACUAUCGAAAUGAGUAGCAGUCUGUGCUGUACCGAUGCCGAACUCGAGUUGUUACAGUUUUGCGAAAUCUAAAAUGAGGGUGGCUAAUAGGAUUUGGCCCUAUCCAUGAAGGUUCCGGAAAAGGGCCCUUCAUCAUCAUGCCACCAUCGAGGCGGCCGUGCAGAGUGAAAUAACGCACCGAUCGAUGAUUGGAGGGCAAAAGCACGAAGAUCGAUAUGAUCGGUUUAUAGUCAUCGAACCAUGUUAACUGGGCAAAAUUAGAAGGCAGAGCCAAUGGAAAGGGAAGAAGAGGGA